CUCGGCAGUUUCCCCAGUUUUCACUCACAAAAGACCAAGAUGGCAACCAGCCGCCUUUUCGAGCCGCUCCAAGUGGGCAACAUGGAACUAAAGAACCGCGUUGCCAUGGCGCCUUUGACCCGUUUCCGUGCAAACGAUAAACAUGAAAUUCUACCCAUGGCAGCAGAGUACUAUGGCGAGCGUGCUUGUGUACCUGGUACCCUUCUUAUCAGCGAAGCGACCCUGACUUCAAAGAAAGCUGGUGGCUACGAUCACGUGCCUGGUAUUUGGACACAAGGUCAAAUAGAUGCCUGGAAGCUGGUCACCAAGGCCGUUCAUGAGAAGGGCUCAUAUAUUUACCUUCAGCUGUGGUCCCUUGGGCGUACAGCGGACCCAAAUUAUAACAAGCGGAACGGCAUUCCCAUGAAGUCUUCCAGCGCUACGCCCAUGGAUAAGGACUCUGUCGUACCAGAGGAGAUGACUGUUGAAGAUAUCAAGGAGAGCAUCAACGACUACGCUCAAGCUGCCAAGAACGCCAUCGAGGCUGGCUUUGAUGGUGUAGAAAUCCACGGCGCGAACGGCUACCUCGUCGACCAAUUCCUCCAGGAUGUAUGCAACAAGCGCACAGACUCAUAUGGCGGCUCGGUCGAGAACCGCUCUCAAUUUGCUGUCGAGGUUACCCAGGCCGUCGUCGAGGCCGUGGGUGCAGAGAAGACUGGUAUCCGAUUGAGCCCAUACUCUAAAUUCCAAGGCAUGAAGAUGGAGGACCCGCUACCUCAGUUUACCGACAUCAUGAAGAAGUUGGAUGCUCUCAAUAUUGCCUACGUCCAUCUUGUCGAAUCACGUAUUGCAGGCAACACCGAUGUCGACAACGUCGAGUCCCUUGAUCCCUUGCUGCCACACUUCACUGGCAAGCUCCUAAUUGCUGGAGGCUUCAAGGCCGAUUCUGCCAAGAAGCUGGUUGAGGAGCACAAGGAGCGCGAUAUCGUUGUUGUGUUUGGACGUUAUUAUAUUUCAACACCCGACCUCGUCUUUAGGUUGCAGAAGGGCAUCGACUUUAACCCUUAUGACCGAGACACCUUCUAUCUCCCAGAGAGCGCGAAGGGAUACCUUGAUCAGCCAUUUAGUAAGGAGUGGGAAGAGGCUCAGGCAAAGUUGUAGAGAUGUGCUAGAGAGAUACCCAGUAGUACAUUGAAGACUAGUUUCGUGUAAAAGAAGAAAUGAUAUAAAUGAUCAAAUUACUAAUAUAUGCAAUCGUCUUAUGAGUACCUUAGGACGAUAGCCAUUCUCCC